CGGUGAAGCGGGUUUUAUCGUGAUGUUGAAAUCUCGCCGAUGCAGUUGCACUUUCACUUGUGAGUUUUAGAAGACCGUUGCACUUGCCACAAACCGGAGUUCCUUGGGCAGUCUUGAUCUGGAUGCGUAAUUUCGUCUGAGGAGCCCGCUACACGGUGUACCACGACCCGCGAUGUGGUUUCCGCUGAAACGUCCAACGUCUCAGGACGACCCAGCUCCGUCGAAAAAGCACCACGCAGCGCGAGAAGCUGAACCAAAACCGUUUCUUUUGAUCAUGGAAAUCGAAAAACGUCAAGCUUUCAAAACAUUCGAAGAGUUCCCGGAAAUCCUGCGCUCUGGAGAACCACGAAUCGCGGAGGACGUUCUGACAUCAGUGUAUGCGCAUCGGGAUUUCGAAGACUUCGUCAAACGGGGCCGUCCUGUGGCUACGAAGUUCCACCCGACUACCUACAGCUCUCUGAUCCAGUCAUACGAAUAUAAAUGGAAACCAGCGGACGAUCUGGUUAUUAUGGAAGGAGAGCGUGCCAAGCGGACCGCCUGCGAAUCAAAAAUCGAGUCGGUCCAGGACGCCCAUCAGGCUUGUGGACUGAGUUUUUACGUGAUGGACGAUGUGUCCGAAAAGACCGGCCCUCCUGCCGGCGGCAGCAGCCUGGAAUUGGAUAACAAUGAUGAGGGAUUACCGGAGGACGGAGACUGAGCAUGCCCGCUCUUCUCAUUUGGAUUUUCAGUUGAUUAAAACCAUUUCCAUCAGUUGAUGUUUUGUUACGAGUAGUUUAGUUUAGUGUUUGCCAACUCCGUUAGAGAAAUACCACUUGUAACAACGACCUGGGGCGGCUGCCUUUUCUUGACGCUUUUUUCCUGUUUUCGGCAAUGGCCACGUCUUAGAUUAAAAAGCAGCGUUGGCACACACUAAUAAUUAGUGCUGA